UUUACACUUGUGAAUAGUGACGAUCCUAAAGAAAUGUGGGAAGUGUAUUCUAGUUUUACCGUGUGGAUCAAAGUUUUUUGAAAACAAUACAUAAUGAGUGGAGAAAAAGUUAAACUUAAAUAUCAAGGGGGAGGACGUUAUACCCAUCUGAAACCGAAAUUUUCUAAUUCCGAAGAUAGUGUUUUUAUUGUGAAAAAACGAAGUGUUCUUCAAUAUAGCACAAAAACUGGACAGCUAAUAUCAGAAUACCGAGGAUUAAACCAAACCAUAGUUGGAUUCGAUGUUGUUCAAAUAAAGGAUAUUGAGAACCUUGUCGCAUUAUCAGAAGAUGGAGAGUUCCGUGCUUGGAAAACUUCAACCAGAUUCAAAACCAUAACGAAGAAGAUAAAGUGUGAAAAAAUCAGUUCGUUUCAUCUACUACCAGAUCAAAAUCAAGAAGAAUUGGAAGGUAUUGUUACUUAUACAAAGCUUGGAAAAGUCAUAGCUGCUUUGAUAAAUACUGCAAAAGAAUCGUUGCAGAAUUUCAAAGUAGAUAUCAAAGGUGAAAAAACAUUCAUUGGUGUUGGUAAAAGGUUUUUUGCUAUUGCCGAUAAAAAAAGCCUGCAUUUCAUUAAUAUUGAUAACAUCAAUAAGUCGUCACAAGUUUUUGUUUUCGAGAAAAAAUUUAAGAAUUUAUAUACUACAUGUUUAGAGUGCCAUAAACAAGAAGAAAUUGUGUUGACAGGUGAUUCUGAAGGGAAAGUGAUAUUAUGGCAGAACAUAUUUAGUAAAAAUCCAACAAAAUCAAUCUAUCAUUGGCACACAUUACCUGUUAAUUGCUUAGCAUUUUCAGCUGCUGGUAGUUAUUUUUAUAGUGGCGGAAAUGAAUCUGUGCUUGUAAGGUGGGAUUGGAACAAUAGCCAAGACAAAAAGUUUUUGCCCCGUUUAUCAGGAUACCUUGAAGAAAUAGGAGUAUCUUCAAGAAAUCAAUUAUUAGCUCUUUCCACUUCAAAUAGUGCAGUGAAAAUUGUUGAUUCAAAUCUGGACAAUGUUAGUACAAUUCAACAUUUUGUUGUUGGAGAUAAUUAUGAUUGUGGCAUUAUACUCGAUUCGAGAACUGAGACCCUUGUUAUGAAUGGCAAUAUUGGACAAUUACAAUUUUAUCAACCAAGAAAUGAUAGUUUAUUAUACAGCAUAGAUGUUGUAAGUCAAAACAAAAAAUCGAAUGAAAGAAAUAUUGAGAUACCUAAUACAGAGGUUAAAAAAUUUACUUUCAGUAAAAAUAGUCUUUGGUUAGCCACAGUAGAAGAGUUGACAGAAUCUGAAUUCAAUAUUCAAAGAUUGAGAUUGAAAUUUUGGUCAUUUGAUGAGUCUCGUCAAAUAUAUGAAUUGAAUACAUCCAUAAAUGAACCACAUCAAGAUUCAAUCUCGUCAAUUGCAUUUCAAUGUGUGAAUGAACAUCAAAAUAUAAAAUGUGUAACAGUUGGCGAAGAUAAUAAAUUCAAAAUCUGGCACAAAAUAACCAUACAACAAGUCAAUACAGAACGUACAUGUUGGACUAUUAAGAACAGUUAUACAUAUGCAGAUAUGCCAUGUAGAGGUUUAUCAUUUUCUGUCGAUGGUUCUCUAAUGGCUAUUGGUUUUGGCCCAAAUUUGACAAUUUGGUCACCAGAUAUUUGUCAAUUGGAAUCAUCCCUAGUGUAUCCAAAAUACAAAACAAAUGUGGAAAAAGUUGAGUUUGGGAGAAGUGAUAUGCGUCACUUGGUUGUAGUAGCAACAAAGGACAGAUUAUGGGUUUGGAAUAUUUUAACUCAAAGACUAAAAUGGACUGUGCCAUUAGAUGUAGAGUUUCUUAUAGCAGAUAGGCUAUCGUUAUACAUGGGUGUUAUCACAAAGAAAGGAGAAGUUAAAAUUUUUUCUCCAGAUUCCCAUGAACCUGUUUAUGAAAAUGACGAAAUUUUAUCAUCAAAGCAAAUAAUGGCAGCAGCAUUUGUCCCAACCCAAUCUUCAAAUGUAGAUACCAAUUCAGAUUGGUACAAAAGAGUUGAGCUGUUUUUUAUAGAUUCUAAUAAAGAAUUAUUUUCAAUUGGAGCUGAAUCUACUGAAGAAUAUCCAAUUGACCAAUACAUCGAUGAAAAUCCUGAUGAACAGAUGGCUUCUUUGUUUAAUAAAAUGAUGCCAUUCACAAAACAUUCCGAAGUCGCCAAUAGUUAUAUGUUGCAAGAUGUACAUAAAUCCCUUAAAAGAAAGAGAGAAAGUGUGUUUACAGACAGUGGUAGAGCCAUUCCUCCAGCAUUGGUGGUUUUGGCUUUGUUCAAAUCGGAAUUUAAGAGAAUAAGAGCAGCCAAUUAGAAUUGUGUAAUAGGAUCAUAAAAAAUUUAAAAUUCUGUAUUUUAAUUGUAUAAUAUAUUUUUUUCAUGGAAAGUAA